AUGCGAAUUUUUUCCCAGACUGAACUGACCUGGAUCCGCAACAUGCACAACAGCACUGCCGAAACUCCGCAUAUGGCUGGAGCACGCAACGAGACUUUGUCCACACAGUCACCGAGCUCCGAGUUUUCACUGGGCGUGAUGGUGCUGCUGGCUUUCCUCAUGGUGUUGCUAGCUCUGGUCACCAUCCUCGGAAACGUCCUGGUGAUCCUUGCUUUCAUCAUGGACAGAAACCUCAGGCAUCGGAGUAACUAUUUCUUUCUCAAUCUCGCCAUUUCUGACUUUGCAGUGGGUGUGUUCUGUAUGCCUUUGUACAUCCCUUAUGCCCUGACAGGGAUCUGGCACUUCGGAAGAGGCAUCUGCAAGCUCUGGCUAGUUAUGGACUAUCUCCUGUGCACAGCUUCAGUGUUUAGCAUCGUCCUUAUCAGCUACGACCGUUUCCUGUCAGUUACAAAAGCUGUAUCUUACAGAGCCCAGCAGGGAAUAGCGUCCAACCCUGUCAUCAAGAUGGUGGCAGUCUGGGUCUUUGCCUUCCUCCUCUACUGCCCAGCAAUCCUCUUUUGGGACCACGUGGCCGGACACAGCGUGGUAGCGGUGGACCAGUGCUACGCUGAGUUCUUUGACAACUGGUACUUCCUCCUGUGUGCGUCCACGCUGGAGUUCUUCGUGCCUCUGCUCUCGGUGACCUACUUCAACGUGCACAUCUUCCACAACAUCCAGAGGCGCCAGCGGCAUGGCAGCAUGCAGGACUGUGAGCUUCCAAGGAGAGACAGCCUGUCCUGGAGAUUUUGCCUCUUGCCAAGGCCAGGAGCAUCUUCUCCUCCAUCAGAAGCAGAGGACAGUGUUUCAUCUACAAGGUCGUGGAGACCAGCAGUGAUGGCUAACUGUCCAUCUCCAACACAAACCAGUCCCACUGCUCUCAAAAAGGACUUCUCUGUUUCUUUCCGUUCAAGGACCGGAUCAAAACUGCAGCGGGACAAGAAAAUUGCAAAGUCGCUUGCCAUAAUUGUAUGUGUGUUUGCCAUUUGCUGGGCCCCAUACACUUUACUAAUGAUUAUUCGUGGGGCCUGCAAAGGAAAGUGCAUCCAUAACUCCUUGUAUGAAAUUACUUUUUGGCUUUUGUGGAUCAAUUCCUCUUUGAACCCAUUUCUUUACCCUCUCUGUCAUGUGAGAUUUCGCAUGGCUUUCAUGAAAAUAUUAUGUCCCAAAAUGUUUGCAAAAUGGAGGUCACGUAACACACCUUCUUUUUAG